GGGUAUAAAUAUACUCUCUCUGUCUCCACAACGCCCCUGGAAACUCAGUUAGACAGACUUCUUCCCUCUAAGACCACACGGCAGACUCCAGCAUCCCACCAUGUCUUUCAUAACAGCCUUCCUGGAGCAGACGGUCUAUAUGGGCAUGCCCGAUGACUCAGCCCUGCAGAGGGAGGGGACGGUGACUGCAGCACCUAAUUUCAGUCCCAGCGGGGAUGCAGCAGUCUUGGACAAAGCCAUCAAAGUGAAAGGUGUGGACGAGAACACCAUCAUUGAAGUUCUGGUGAAAAGGAGCAACGAGCAGAGACAGCAGAUCAAAGAGGCUUAUCAGCAGGCCAGCGGCAAGCCUCUGGAGUCAGCACUGAAGAGCGCUCUGAAGGGAGAUCUGGAGGAUGUGGUGUUGGCUCUGCUGAAAACACCGGCCCAGUACGAUGCCCAGCAGCUGAAACUGGCCAUGAAGGGUCUGGGCACAGACGAAGACACCCUGAUCGAGAUCUUGGCAUCCAGAAACAACAGAGAGAUCCUGGAUAUAAAGAAAGCGUACAAGGAAGAAUACAAGAAGGACUUGGAGGAUGACAUCAAGUCUGACACCAGUGGAGAUUUCAGGGCUGCCCUCCUUGCACUCUGCAAGGCCGGCAGGACUGAAGGAGUUUGCGAGCAGCUGAUUGACAGCGAUGCCAGGGCUCUGUACGAGGCCGGCGAGGGGAGGAAGGGCAAAGACUGCUCCCCCUUCAUUGAGAUCCUCACCACCAGGAGUGCCCCUCAUCUCCGGAAAGUAUUUGAGAGAUACUCAAAGUACAGCAAAGUGGACGUGGCCAAAGCUAUCGACCUGGAGAUGAAGGGAGAUAUUGAAAGUUGUCUCACAGCAGUAGUGAAGUGUGCAGGAAGCAGACCUGCGUUCUUUGCUGAGAAGCUCCACUCGGCCAUGGAGGGUAAAGGUACCAAAAAACCCAUCCUGACCCGCAUCAUGGUGUCCCGCUCUGAGAUCGACAUGAAACGGAUCAAGGAUGAGUACAAGAAAAACUACGGAAAAACUCUCUACCAGGAUAUUCUGGAUGACACCAAAGGAGACUAUGAGAAGAUCCUGCUCGCUCUCUGUGGGGGUGAGAACUAAUGGCCACUCAAUGGGAUCAAGGCUCAUACAACUGAAGAUGCAGCAGCAAGCCCCGCUGUGACAAUCGUCUAUAAUCUCUUGACACAUAUUGUGCCCUGUGCUCUUGUGGAGAACUGACGAGUCUUUUUUUAUGACUGCUUCAGCAGACACAUUAAAGUUAUUCCUUCUCAUUCCAGCACUCGUACUUCAGCAUAGAUCUGACAGCAGUUUGCAGGUGGACCAAUGUUCUGGGACAGAUGUAGUCUUAGAUUCUCAUAUCUGGUGCUCGAGGAGAAACUGAAGUCACUGAUCACAGAGCAGCUGCUAACAUAUGUAUACAGAUCACCGUGUGCCAAUCAUAUCCAGUGGCAGCAGUAGGCCUACCCUUGAAGGAGCUUAGACAUCUUGCAAAUAAAAGCUUUUUGUAUGAA